GUCGGGAGUUUUAGUUGGAGUCCGUGAUGCCGGCGAGGAACAGGUACAACCUGGUGGACGAUGUGGCGGACUCGAGGGUGCCGCUGCACAAUGAGGAGGCUUAUCAACAUGGGAUUUAUUUCCAAGCCAAGUACGUGGGGAGUCUUGACGUGCCCAGGCCCAACAGUCGGAUGGAGAUCGUGGCAGCCAUGAGGAGAAUCAGGUAUGAAUUCAAGGCCAAGAACAUCAAGAAGAAGAAGGUCAGCAUUGUGGUGUCUGUGGACGGGGUCAAGGUGAUGCUGAGGAAGAAGCAGAAGAGGAAAGAAUGGACAUGGGAUGAGAGCAAGAUGCUAAUAAUGCAUGAUCCCAUAUACAGGAUUUUCUACGUGUCUCAUGACUCCCAGGACUUGAAGAUCUUCAGCUACAUCGCAAGAGAUGGCUCCAGUAACUCCUUCAGAUGUAACGUCUUUAAAUCAAAGAAGAAGACGCAGGCCAUGCGUAUUGUGCGGACCAUCGGUCAGGCCUUUGAGGUGUGCCAUAAGCUCAGUCUGCAGCAUGCUGAGCAGGAUGCAGACGGACAGGCAGAUGGAGAGAGUGAUAAGUCCACAGAGGAGCCCAGCAGUAAUGGCCGUAAACUGACGGGAGCAGAGCGAGGGGACGAGGAGGAGGACGGCAACCACGGAGGAAGACGAGCAGGAGAAGAUCCGUCAGCUGGCACUUCUCUGUGUGAAAAGGCAGUCAGUGAAAUUCUGCAGAGUCUGGCUGAACUGAAUGUGGUCAAACCUGGACAGACCAUAAUAGAUUUUGAUAGAAGGUCCCUCUUCACCGUGACAUCCCAAGGCAUUACUCCCAGCAGCCCUUGCUCUCCAUCUCUCACUCCACUGGCAUCACAGCACUAUCUGCAGCUUCUCCAGCAGCAGCUCCAGCAGCAGCAGCAGCACACACAGGUGGCCGUCGCUCAGGUGCAGCUGCUGAAGGAUCAAAUGGCAGCUGAGACCGCUGCCCGGAUGGAGGCUCAGGCCCGCGUCCACCAGCUACUGCUGCAGAACAGGGACUUGCUGCAGCAUCUGGCCCUGCUCGUGCAGCAGCUGAAAGAGCUGGAAGCCCGUUCCCCAAAAACAACACAACCAGGGCAGCCACACCAGGAGCCUCAAGCUAAUGGACACAAUGGUGAACAGUCAUCCGUUUCUACAUUAGCGAAGCCUCUGUCUCUAAAUCUGAAGAAUCACUACAGCCAGACCCUGGACCAGCUCAUCACCUCCACGCCCUCAUGGGCGCUCCAGACCUCGCCCCUCUCCCCGACCCAGGUGGACUGCGCUGAGUCCUACCUCAACCUGCUCAACCUGGAGAACAGCAGCAAACCAGCUGCGUCAGUCAACGGAGACCUGGACCCCUUCAUUAGGGCCAAUGGGACGGUGGACAACAAGGAGGGGUCCUGCAAUGAGAUCGUCCCGUUUACAUCGAGAAACUCCGCCAUCAUGGACGAAAAGUAUAAACAGACAAUCCCCAAACUUGACCCUCCUCCACCCUCCCUGAACCGUAAGCGGGCCAGCAGGACCUUGUCUCCAGGGUCAGAAGUCACAGCUGUGCCCAUGCCAGGAGAGGUCACCGCUAAUGAUGCGACCCCCAGCCGCAGCAGCAGCCUCUCAUUCCCCGACAUCACCCCCAGCUCCCUGUCAUCCGCCGAUUUCCACUCCCUCAGCAACGGCGAGAGCAGCUCCUGUUCGGCCAGCGAGGACUCGGGGGUCCGCUCCGAGACCAAGUCCCUGCUGUUGCCCCUGCGUGACGACGACGACCUGUUCGGAGACCGCGGGACCUUUUUAACAGCCUCCAGCGGCUGUGACAGUCCCCUGGAAGAGAGGAGCGAAGCAGUUCUCUCUCCCUCUGAGUCGUAUCCUGCUGAGCCCCCCAACCUCGCCCCGCAGUCGGACACCUAUGAGCACCCACUGCCCUUUUCAUCUCCUGUGAAUGAUACCUGCCUCCACAUCAGUUUUUCUGAGGAUGAGCUGCUGGAGAGCAGCCAGGAAGAUCCUAAUGUCCCACAGCGGAGUUAGGAGGAUAGGCUGGUAUCACCUUGGAGACCUUUCACUAUGUUCUUCAAUCAGCUUUUAAUGCAAUACUUAACUGUCAGACCCUCCUAUGUUUGCACUGGGCUCCAUUUCAGGACCUUUAUAAUUAUUCUGUCCACUUGUGACACAGUCCAGACAUAGCAUUGCCAGUAACUGAAAAAUAAUCUAUUGUAUAAAUUAUUAGCCAAUGGACAGAUUUAGUAUUUUUGUAAUGAAAUUAAUGAUCUAAUUUACUUUUUAGUGACUAGAAUGUUAAGCAGAAUACAUGUAGCAGCUCUUGCACUGUUAAAGUCACACAUCAUUUACUGUAAGCCAAUGAGGGGACACAUUUUAUUUUUGCUAGUAGUCAACUUUAAAACAUUAUUUUGUAUGAUGCUUCGCUGUGGUGCAAACUGUUGUGGAAAUGCCAUUUUCUGCAGAUUUCACAGAGCAAAUGUUGGUGAUGUUGGGAAGAGCCUCGCCUUCUGAAAAUCCCCUGAGUGGAUGAUGGGUAGAAAGAAAAGAAUAAGAAAGUCAGUAAAGGGGAAAGGGCAGGAUAGAAGUGAGCAGAUGUAGUCGUGUUUUGGUUUAUGCACAUCCACAUGUGGCUGUGUAGUAGGGUAUUAUAUUAUCAGAGCUGAGUGGGUUAGAGAAUGUUUUGUGCUACUUGUAUUUUGGGUUUUUUAGACUAAAAGGUCUUAAAGCAGUGCUGGAAAAAUUAGCCGAAUAGCUAAAGGGAAUUUGUGUUCUGUAUUGUAUUGAUUUUGUAUGUAGCAAGAUUGCAGUCCUUCAAAACAAAGGGAUUAUUGCAUUGAAUGAAAGCAAACCCUCUGUGAGCUAAUGGCCUUGAGAGCUUUGGAUUGCACCUGUCUGAGCGGGGAGUGUGUCACCGAGGACUCUGGGAAAAUGUAACGGGCAUUUUUCACUACUUUCGGAUUUUAUAGACCAACCGAUCAAUCAGUUAAUCAAGAAAAUAAUUAGCAGAUUAAUAAUUAAAGCUAGUCAUUAGAUGUAGUCCUAAAUCAAUAUAUGUUUAUGCAAACGCAACAUAUCAUUAAACAACUGCCAUUGUUCUUAAGUGCUGAAAACAUGUAUGGAAAUGAGAUGAGAUGAAUAGAGCUGGAACGAUUAAUUGAUUAAUCAGUUGACAGAAAUAAUUUAAA